AUGGAAACUGGUCCUCAUUACAACUACUACAAAAACCGCGAAUUAUCCAUCAUUCUGGCUCCAUUCAGCGGUGGUCAGGGUAAGCUCGGUGUCGAGAAGGGUCCUAAAUACAUGCUCAAGCAUGGUCUGCAAACAAGCAUAGAGGAGUUAGGCUGGUCUACGGAGUUGGAGCCCUCCAUGGACGAGGCGCAAUUUGUAGGAAAGUUAAAAAUGGAGAAGGACUCCACCACUGGGGGCUCCUCUGUUAUGACGAACGGUAUCAAGGCCAAGAGAGCUGAUUUGGUUGGCGAAGCCACUAAGCUGGUCUACAACUCCGUGUCGAAAGUAGUCCAGGCGGACAGAUUUCCCUUGACCUUGGGUGGUGAUCAUUCAAUUGCCAUAGGUACUGUGUCCGCGGUUUUGGACAAAUACCCCGAUGCUGGCCUUCUAUGGAUAGACGCUCACGCCGAUAUAAACACCAUAGAAAGUACACCCUCUGGAAACUUGCACGGUUGUCCUGUGUCAUUCCUAAUGGGCCUAAACAAAGACGUUCCACAUUGUCCCGAGUCCCUUAAAUGGGUUCCAGGCAACUUAAGCCCAAAGAAAAUCGCGUAUAUUGGGUUGAGAGAUGUUGACGCAGGAGAAAAAAAAAUCUUGAAAGAGUUAGGUAUCGCUGCCUUUUCAAUGUACCAUGUCGACAAGUACGGCAUCAACGCUGUCAUUGAAAUGGCCAUGAAAGCCGUGCACCCAGAUACAAACGGUGAAGGUCCCAUUAUGUGCUCAUAUGACGUCGAUGGUGUAGACCCAUUAUACAUUCCUGCUACAGGUACUCCAGUGAGAGGUGGGCUGACUUUAAGAGAGGGUCUUUUCUUAGUAGAAAGAUUGGCAGAAUCCGGCAAUUUAAUUGCUCUAGACAUCGUUGAAUGUAACCCUGACCUGGCUAUUCAUGAUAUUCAUGUCUCGAACACCAUCUCUGCAGGUUGCGCCAUUGCCAGAUGUGCAUUGGGUGAAACCUUAUUGUAG